UGCAGCUGCUCCUCCGCACCGGCAGGGGGCGACCCGUUGAUCCACCGCGCGCUCAGGAAUCCAAGAUGUCUGCGCCCUGUGGGAUGCUGGUAGCGGCGUGAAAGCUACGGGACGAGUGUCAGUGGAUGGAUUCGCAGUUGACGCGGAGGCAGAUUUUACGGCUUUCGAGACCAGGAUGUCAAAGAUCUCCAAGGCCGCCAAGGCCGUGAAGAAGGUGGACGCCGGCAAUGUAAUCCGCGCUAUCGUGAGGUCGGGACAAGCGACCCCCGGACCCCCGCUGGGCCCCAUCCUGGGACAGAGAGGAAUCCCCAUCGGACAGUUCUGCAAGGACUUCAAUGAGAAAACCAAGGAGCUGAAGGAGGGCAUCCCCAUCCCCAUCAAGAUCCACGUGAAGCCCGACCGGACGUACGACCUGAAGAUCGGCCAACCCACCGUGUCCUACUUCCUCAAGCAGGCGGCGGGCCUCGCCAAAGGGGCCACCAAGACCGGCCACGAGACGGCAGGGAUGGUGUCCGUGCGGGCGGUGUAUGAGAUCGCUCAGGUGAAGGCCUUGGACGAGUGCUUCAAAAUGAGGAACGCCUCCCUCGAAACCGUCGUCAAAAGCAUCGUCGGCUCGGCGCGUUCGCUGGGCAUCCAGAUCGUCAACGAUCUCUCAGCCGCUGAGUACAAACUCUUCAUGGAGCAGAGAGAGGAGAAGUUGAAGGCUGAAGCAGACGCUGAAGCGGCUGCAGCCGAAGCUCCGCCGGGGAAAAAGAAAUGAAGAUCUGCAACAAUUUUAAUUUUCUCCCCCCAUUCCGAUUUGUAUUGCGUCAUUUCAGUUAAUAAACGUACUUGUUAUGUGA